ACGCUUGUGCACGGCAGGCUAUUUGGCCGCCAUCCAAGUUCACCCUGGAGCCGCAGGGGAGCAACCAAUGGAGUGAUCCAUCAUCAGUCCCAUCUUGGGAAGCAGCCUUUGGCUCAUCGUCAAAUUUUGCUGAGCAUGAACUGAAAGUACCUCCGCACAUCACGCGCUUCGUGCUCGCUGUUGCAACAGCCUCCGCUUCGGUUCUGACGAAUCCGCCAUCGCCCAAGCCCCGCCCCACUGACGCCGCAGAAUGGCUUCAAUGGCCACCCAGAGCGGAGGCGCCUCGCGCCCAGCUGCGUCACUCGCGCGCACCACCACGUCUCGCCUCGUCGUCACCGCGCCGUCUCCCACCUCGUCGUCGGGAUCCCUCACCAUCUCGGUGCGCCUGUUGCAGUCGCCACUAGACGUCAAACGAGUGGCAUGGCUGCGCGGUACCUGCGCCGAUCCGCCUGUCGUCGCGUCCCCCGCAUUCGCCGCGUCCGCCUCUCGCGCCUCCGUCACUGCCCCGUCGUCCGUCCGACCCCUCGCUGCCGCAUCUCGCCGCCACGCCCGACGUGCGUCCCGCAAGCCGUCGGAUCUAUCGGCAAACGGCCCAGCGGCGCAACGACGGCUGGGGAAGACUGCAGCGGCGGGCGCGGCGGGGCCUGCGGGGUCCCCAGGCGAGCGAGUGCGCGCGGAAGCGACGGCGUCAGGGGCGGGCGGCGGGCAGAGCUGGGACGUGGUGGGCGUGGGACAGGCCAUGGUUGACUUCGCGGCGAUGGUGGACGACGACUUUCUGCGCGGGCUGGCGCUGGCCAAGGGCAGUCGCACGCUCGUGGAUCACGAGGAGCGCGGCCGCGUGCUGCGGGCGCUCGACGGCUGCAGCUACAAGCUCUCCGCGGGCGGCUCGCUCUCCAACACGCUCGUCGCCCUCGCCCGCCUCGGCGCCGCCGCCGCCUCCCCCUCCGCCGCCCCUGGCAGCUGCAGCGCCACUGGCGGCACCGGCAACGGUGUCGCGGCGGGUGGCGGGUCGGCGCUGCGCGUGGCGAUGACGGGCAGCGUGGGCGGCGAUCCGCUGGGGGAGUUCUACCGCACAAAGCUGCGACGCGCCAACGUGCACUUCCUGUCGAAACCCAUGGCGGACGGCACCACGGGCACCGUGGUGGUGCUCACCACGCCCGACGCACAGCGCACCAUGCUCGCGUACCAGGGUAUGUCGUCGGUGGUGCGACUGGACGCGGCGCUGCGGGCCGCGGUGAGCAGCGCGCGCGUGGUGGUGGUGGAGGGGUACCUGUGGGAUCUGCCCUGCACCGUGCACGCCAUAUCCGCCGCCUGCCACGCCGCCAAAGCCACUGGCGCGCUCGUCGCGCUCACAGGCAGCGACGUCACCUGCAUUGCGCGCCACCGCCCGCAGUUCUGGGAGGUGAUGUCUGAGUCCGCGGACAUUCUCUUCGCCAACGGCGAUGAGGCCUGUGCGCUGCUGGACUGCCCGCCCUCCACCUGCCCCGCUUGGGCCGCCCUGCAGCUCUCCCGCUACUGCCCGCUCGUGUCAGUCACCGAUGGCGCCAAGGGCGCUUACAUCGCCCACAGGGGUGCAGGAGUGACCUUUGUGCCAUCCGCGCCGUGCCACGCCGUGGACACGUGUGGUGCCGGGGAUGCUUAUGCUGCUGGCUUGCUGUACGGCCUUCUGGCAUGUGGCGCUCAAGGGCUGUCUGACAUGGAGCUGCAGCAGGAGCUGCGGCUGCUAUGGAAGAAGAACAAGGCGCGUGAGCGAAACACAAGUAGCAGGAGUGUGGGCAUCAGCAGCAGCGAUCUGAUGAGCAGCAGCAGCCCCAUGUCAGCCAUGUCAGGUGAUGCCGCUGCCAUGCCCCUGCACUCGUCCUUCCCCACUUCCCUCCCAGCCACUUUCCUCUCCCCCUGCUCUUCGCCUUCAGCGUCGCACCGGUCUCCAGAUUUUCAGCUCGCGCCUGCUGAUGUGGCGGCCGUUGGAGGCUUUGCUGCGCGCGUGGCAGCGAUGGUGGUGGGGCAGCAGGGGGCGCGGCUGAGCGAGGAUGCAGCAGCAGAGCUGGUGGGGUGGUGGGCGAGAGAAGAGGCACGGCUGGGGAGGAGAGCAGCGGUGGAGAGCACGCAGGACUUGGUGCUGGAGUGACGGCGACUCCGGUGCUCCACGUAGGAAUGACCUAACCUCCAGCACUCCUCGCCGGUGGGGUCAUUGAAAAUGCGGUGGAUCAGCCAACCCAUCUUGGGGGAGGGGCGUUUGAAGCAAGCCUCAUGUGUUGUUACCAUGUGGUGGGUAGGUAUUCGAGGUCUGCAAUGCCCCUAUUUCUUACAAUAGCAGCAAUGCCAACUGCCUUAUAUCCCACUGAUUCACUGGGCUGAGGCCCACCAUCAUCGGUUCGUGCAAUAUGGCAUUCCUCAAGAUGUCAACUAC